UUGGUAUUUUUGGCCUGCAAAAAUCAGCACCAUAUUCUGGCUUCACUUCACAGUAGCGAGAACUCGGAAAUGGAGAACACAGGCAAAACAGAGGAACAAGUAAAGAGUAGAGUUUGCAAGAGGUGCAAAACGAGCUACAACCCUUCAUCAAACGACGCUUCUUCUUGCCGUUUUCAUCCUUCGUUCUUUGUUUGUCGUCGUCACGAUGAUCAAAAAAGGUACUAUGAAUUGGGACCUGAUGAUCCUCCUUAUGCUGCAAAGUUCUAUGAUUGUUGUGGAGCAGAGGAUCCAGAGGCAUUGGGCUGCACUACAAGUUUCCAUAUUUCGUAUGACGACAAUUAGAAUAUCUUGGCUGCAGGGAAGAAAAUUUUCACCUUUUUCAAGUUCUUCGAAAGUAUUGAGAGCAUUGAAAAAUGUACUUGAAUGUGUUUUUUGUCAUUAAAGUUUAAUUUCUUUGUCGUGUCUAAGUGAUGAUUUAGAAAUUAGAGGUGCAAGUUUUAUAUUGUUGCCAGAGAUGCACCGAUUCCAAAACUAUGUACUUGUGUUGAUUCCCCGAUACACCUACUCUCCGAGGUAUAGAGGCUGUUUCCGAGAAAACCCGAGAAUAACAAAUAUUACGAAGCACAAGAUUCGGAGAUUCAAAGAAGAUGCCCGGAACGAGCCUCCAAGUGGAGUAUAUGUAAUAUCUGUAAGUUCCAUCUGUGAAUAUUUAGUACUAUUAUCUAACUGUGGAACCCAAUCAUUCACUCUGAUCUCUGAGGCUGGCCUUAUCUGUCACACCUUUUGCAUCCCCCAUGUCUACAAUUUAUAAUGUGGGAGGGUCCUAUUUACAGCUGCUUAUUGAAACCUUCUGUUUUUUCUUUAAA